UGACUUUAAGUGUUUCUCCAUUCGGUUUAAAUCGACCUAAGAAAAUAGUGUCGCCAGUCGCCCGCAACAGGUAAUACAUACCGUACGUCGUAUAAUAGUAAAAUCAACAAAAGUAAAUGCCUUAUUAGUGUCGUCAACAAGUUCCUUUCAGCGCAAGUUAUUGUGGGUUGAUUCGACACAAAAGCCACGCAUCAAUUUUCGCUUCUUCUUAAUUCUCCCCGUGAAUAGAAUCAACGACAUCCGCAAUUGACGUACGGCUGGAUGCUAUAUAAUUUCAACUGAUUACCUGUUGCUGCUGCUGAUCAUCACGACUCCUUUUCACCGUCUUCCCUUGAAAAUCUAAAUUUACAAAUCUGAUAUCUCUAACGUACGUCUCCGCAUUUGUCACAAAUUGAUACACUCCGGCUCAAGGCAAAUUUGAACUCCGCCGCUCUCGAUUAUACCCCCGUCCGCCGUCCGCCGACUUGAAAUUGAUCGACAUUUCCCAUGUUGGCAGACAUUCAGCUUCCGAUUGAGAGACUCUCAGGUCGAGUCUACAAGUCCGUCAAGAUCCCCCUAAGAAAACUCGUCAACUUGUUCAAGAUGCCACCAAGAACACCACCGCCUCAUCGACGUUUCCGUGUCCCAGCACCUGGAAAUCAUCCGCCUCGCCCGAGACCCAACGGCUACCCUCCGCUGGUGGUCACGCUCAUUUUCUUCGUCGUUUUCAGUUACGUCGCCGUCAUGGUGGCCUCGCCCAGUCCGUACAGGCACUGCCCGACCAGCGACGAGAUGAACCACUGCUUCACUCGUCUCCCGAAAAAUUCCAAGUUCGUCAAGCAGGUCUGCAAAGGCCUGGAAGCUGCCAGGACCAACCCCAUCGCCUUGGAGGUGUCUAACAAGACGUCAAAGUCGACUGCUACUGUCGAAACAACUGGGAAACCCAAGCAAAUUUUAUUAUGGACAACUUUCUUCCGCUGGGACGAUUUCCGCUUCGGUUUGGGUCGUGAGCCGUUCAUGGCCGCCGGCUGUCGCUACACCAACUGCCUGACGACGACCGACAAGAGUCUGGCCAACGACAGUGACGCCCUCAUCUUCCACCCCAACGAUUUCGACGUCGACAAUUUGCCCCGGCACCGUCUGGCCGCCCAGCGCUACGUUUUCCUCUACUACGAAGCGAUGGCCAGCGAACGGGAGCGGCUGUCCGUCUUCACCGAGCCGCUGAAAAAUUACUUUAACUGGACCAUGACCCACCGUCGCGAUUCCGACAUUUUUUCCAGCCAUCCGUACGGCAGCCUCCGCCGCAAAUCGACUUCCGUCGUGUCCAACGUUCUGCCCCGGCCGCUGCCGGAAGGUGAGAUUCCGCCGGAUCCCAUUAAAAUGUUCGACACCUUUUUGCAUCCCAAGGUGCUGGGCAACAAGACCAAACUGGUGGCCUGGUUCAAUUCCAACUGCGACACUCUGGGCGGACGGGAGAAAUACUUCCGCGAAAUGGCCCAGUACACGCCGAUCGACACUUACGGCGCUUGCGGGCAUUUGAAAUGCGAUCCGGCCGAGGGGACCCACUGCGACAAGCUCCUGGGCAACUACAAGUUCUACAUCGCCGCCGAGAAUUCCCUGUGCGCCGAUUACGUCACCGAGAAAUUCUACCGCGCUCUGGAAGCCGACGUCGUCCCCAUCGUUUACGGCGGUGCGGAUUACUCCGCCUUCGCUCCGGCCCAUUCCUACAUCAACACGGCCGAUUUCGCCUCGCCAAAGGCCCUGGCCGAAUACCUCUACGUCCUGGACACUAAUCCUGGACUGUAUUCGAAAUAUUUCGACUGGAAAAAGGACUGGGAGGUCAUCCGCUUUCCGCCCAACGGCUGGUGCGACCUCUGCGAGAAGCUCAACCGCCCGGAAGAGCCGGCCAAGAGCUACGAAGAUAUCGGCACUUGGUUUUACGACAAGGUUCCUUGUCUUCCCGGCAGUUCACUUAAAAAUCUGUACGGGGAAAAGUAAAAACGAGAAAAUUAAUUCUAUUAUUCCAGUGAAUUUAAUCAAGAAUUUGCUGUAUUUAUUUAUUUAGUGCAUUUAAUGAGACAAAGAAUUGGCCUUCCAAUUCCGCUUUUAUUUUUCGUUUGGUUUCUUUGUUUUUCCUAAAUUACUGUCUCUCAUUCAAAAUUUAAUUCAUUCAUGUUUAAUUGUUUAUACAGUUUUUGUUAUUUUGGUAGAAGCGGGAUGGAGAUUAUGGGAAGGGGGUUAGGAGGUAGCAUAAUGGUUUAUUCAUUUAUUUGUAAUUCAUUUGUAUGUCCCAAAUAUUAAAACUUUUAUUUAAACUACGGGGUAAAUUGGAAUGAGUAGCGGACACGAAACAAAAAUUCGGCCGUUGAUUUCUCUAAAAUCUUUAACGCUACCGGUACUCAGUAACUUAAUAUAAAUAUUGGAAUGAUGUAGAAUUUUGCUGGCAAAAUUAUGAGGCCAGAUUUAGCUAGAAAAAAUAUUCUCUUAUUUUCAUACUUCUCUAUGCGUAACCUAAUGUAAGAAUAGGAGCUGGACAAGUUGUUUGCAACUGUUAUGGUAUUGGUUCAAUCGGAUUUUGCUGGAAGGAUAGCACUUGUGAUUUCUCGUGGCUUUCAUAACGCCUUUUUCUCUUGAACUGUUUUUUCCUCUAUUCAGCUAUUCCUUUUCUGACAUCUCUAUGUAUUCAACUUAAAUUAUGAGAGCUCGCCAAUUUUAUUGAUGUGUUGCUGGUAAAAUUAAAAUUGCUGAUGGACUUAGCGUCCGAGAUCAGAUUCUGCUGGAAGAGCGGACCAUUAAUUCCUCUUCUCUAUAGUUGGUAGUGCUAUUGAAUCAUUGUUGAUGUAUUUACCUUGACCUUUCACAUAUAUUCAAUGUCCUAUUAGAUUAUCGUCUAAAUAAAUGUUGAAGAAAACCCA